GGAGGUGCAGGCUAGUCAGUUACCCCCAGAAGCUUGCAGGCUGUGCAGGAGGAGUCAGUCAGGAAACCUCUUCAAAGCAGUCUGUGUCUAUCUGCUCAGACUUCCACAGCCAGAGAGAGGCAAAAUGACUACUGCCAGGAAGAAAUUCAUUGAGAGGUUGGAUCAGGCCAUGGCUACUGCUGAAAAGAUGGUCCCAGAGGACCUGCUGUGCUCCUAUAAGGGGGUUUUGUACCCUGUUAUCGAUUGCAGUGCAGAAACUUUCAAAGCUCUUGAGUCCUUUGAAGCCAGGAGUGAUGAUGUGUUAUUAGUGGGAUACCCUAAAACAGGUACUAAUUGGAUUAUCCACAUCUUGAGAGACUUGGUUACAACAAGUGCAAAGAAAAAUGAAGAAGAAAUGAAGAGAAUGAAACAGGAUGAAGAAAUAGUUGAAUAUACAUAUCUUGAAUUUGGAGAUCCAGGGAAGUUUCAGCGGAUAAAGAAAUUAUCUUCCAGAAGAGUUUUCGCAACACAUGUUUUUCCUCAUAUGCUACCCACAUCUAUUUUCAAGAAUAAUGUCAAGAUAUUGAUGGUGAUUCGAAAUCCAAAGGAUAUAGCUGUAUCUUAUUUCCACUUUAGCAACAGCAUGCCUUCACUGCCCUCCUUCCAAACCUGGGAUGAGUUCUUCAAUGCUUUUCUACAUGGAAAAGUGUCCUGGGGCUCCUAUUUUGACCAUAUCAUUGAAUGGAACAAGCAUUUUGAUGAUGAAAAUAUUAUGUUUAUAACUUAUGAAGAACUGAAAGAGAACCCAAAUUUGGGAGUGAAAAAAAUAGCUGAGUUCUUUGGGUUCUCCGUGACUGAUGAAGAGAGUCAAGCUGUUGCAGACAGGAGCAGCUUCCAGACUAUGAAAGAGAACUCCCACAAAACCCAUGGUGCAUUUGGAAAUGUUCUCUUCCGCAAAGGCAGUGUUAGUGACUGGAAGAACCUUUUUACUGAAGCUCAGAACCAAGAAAUGGACAAAAAGUUUGAAGAGUCCUUAGCAGGAACUAAACUGGGAGCAAAGAUGAACUUUACAUCAAGAGAGAGGAGAAUGGCAAACCAUAGGAAGAAAUUCAUUGAUCUGGUGGAUAAAGCAAUUGCUGUUGGUGACACAAUGGACCGUGAUGAUCUGCUUUUUUCUUACAAGGGGAUUCUCUACCCCACAACUGUGUGCAGUCCUGAAAUAUUCAAGGCUCUUGAGUCCUUUGAAGCCAGGCAGGAGGAUGUGAUCCUAGCAGGGUAUCCUAAAUCUGGUACCAAUUGGGUUGGCCAGAUCUUAACUGACUUGGUAACAACAUCUGCAGAGAAUAAUGAAGAUGAAACAAAUAGCCUGAAUGAUGAGGAACUGGAAGAAUUUCCCUACCUUGAAGUUGGAGAUGCUGAGAAAUAUCAGCGGAUGGAGAAAUUACCUUCUAGAAGAGUUAUAUUCACUCAUCUCCUGCCACACAAUCUACCUGAGUCCAUCUUCAAGAAUAAAGCCAAGGUACUGGUGCUUGUUCGAAAUCCCAAAGACGUAGCUACAUCUUUUUACCAUUUUACCAAUGGCAUGUCUCCACUUCCCUCUUAUGAGACCUGGGAUGAGUUCUUCACAGCUUUCAUGACUGGAAAAAUGCCUUGGGGCUCCUAUUUUGACUAUAUUUGUGAAUGGAGCAAGCAUGUUGACGAUGAAAAUGUUAUGACCAUAACCUAUGAAGAACUGAAAGAGAACAGGGCUUUGGCAGUGAAAAAGAUAGCUGAAUUCUUCGUGUUGCCCUUGACUGAGGAACAGCUUCAAGCGGUUGCAGAUAGGAGCAGCUUCCAGGCUAUGAAAGAGAAUGCCUACAAAACUCAUGGUGCAUUUGGCAACGUUCUUUUCCGCAAAGGUAGUGUUAGCGACUGGAAGAACCUUUUUAAUGAAGAUCAGAACCAAGAAAUGGACAAAAUGUUUGAAGAACGCCUAGCAAGAACUAAGCUGGGAGGAAAGAUGAAGUAUGAGGUGUACUGCAAAGCCUGAGGACUAAGAAAACAUUGUUAAAGCAACUGUUCCCCACAAUUCUAUCAGAUCAGUUGCAUUACAUGCACUAAAAAAAUAGAUCAAGUGAUUCAAACUUCUCUGAAUGUUUGUAAAUGAUCACAACACUCCAGCUCUCUUUACAGUGACAGCAGAUUCUCAGCAUGCUUAGACUGCAUACCUUUAUUCAAUGCUAUUGUAAUCAGUCAUACCCAGACCAAUACUACACCACUGCUCCAGUACAUAUCACCUGGAAGAACCUCUCUCCCUCACUACCCUCUUUCCCCCUUACAGUUGUCUCAUCUCACCCAAUUCCAUCAGUAAAAUAUUUAAUAGCAUUUGGUAUGUGGAGAUAUUUUCAAAAAAUGUUUUAACUGAGGCAUGUUCCUCACAAAGGGAUUUCUACCAAACACAGGGCCUGAUUCAACCCCAGCUCAAGUCAAUACAAAUCUUUCCAUAAGAAGACCCAUAAUAAGCAUAAUUGCUGAAAUGGAAGGAGAGAGAGAGAAUUUAUUAAAAUAAAGGGAGCAUAAUAUUUUCUUAAGGCUUUUCAUCUUUCUGAAAAUAGAGUCUUGUCUGGCUCUGAACGGAUUUGGGAAAUUUGUCUGCAGAUUUAUGGCCCAAUUCCCUGCUGGUGUAAAUGGGGCAAACUCUAUUGGAGUCAGAUGCAUUGUGCCCAUUUAUUCCCACAGAGAAUUUCGCUGUUAGUAUCCGAAAAUUGUUGUAUGGGUGUCAAUCAGCAGCAGCUCCGUUGAAAUCAGUGAAGUUACACCUGUACAAAAUUGGUGUCAGGGAGAGCAGAGUCAGGCUCUGUACAAAUUUUCUUUGUGUGUCAUU